AACGAAGGUUGCUCAACUCAACCUACUCUACUAGUCUACUAGUUUUGUGUACACGUCACACGUAUACGUGUGCGCGAAUUCAAGGUUAAAAAAAUCAUGUUUCUUAUUCUUAAUUCAAAAAUAUACGUUAUAAAUACUAAUUGAAUACAGAAAAAGAAACCUCCGACAAACAAUGGAGACUCUCUAUCAUCAGACGAACAAGUUGGUUCAAGAAACGCAACAUUUGUUCACGCAGCUGGAAAGGAAGACACCUAACCUCGAUGUGAAUGUUGUUGAAAAUGAUAUAACAACAAAAAUUUCUGCUAUAACCAGUAAUUGCGAACGGCUGGACAUACUAUGUCUAAAGGGUCCGGUGUCACAGCGUCAAAAUGCAAAGAUGCGAGUGGAUCAGCUGAAGUAUGAUUGUCGACAUUUGUCAGCUGCAUUGAAUUCAUGGCGAAGUCAGCGUCUGAGAGGAAUGCGGGAAGAAGAAGAGAGGGAAGCGCUACUUGCCCAAAGAUUUACAACCAACGAUCAUGUAGAUAUUAUGAUAGAUCCUAAUGUUCAGCACAACACGGGUCUGAGAAACGCCUCUAAUGGCAUUGACAAUCUCCUACAGCAUGGAUCUGGAAUCCUAGAUGGCCUUAGAUCGCAAAGAAUGACGUUGAAAGGCGCUCACAAACGCCUCAUCGACAUAGGCAAUACUCUUGGACUUUCCAACACAACAAUGAGAUUUAUCGAGCAGCGGGGACGUCAGGAUGGGUUCAUCCUUGUCGCUGGCAUGCUCCUAACUUGUUUCGUUAUGAUCCUUGUAGUCAUUUAUCUCACAUAGAUUAAUUCUAAUUCAACAUUCCUUGGUAUUUCAAUAUUUUUGUAUAUAUUAGACACGAUUAAAAGUUUGUUAUGAGCUUAAAAUUGCA